AUGCUGUCAUGGCUGUCGUGUCUGCCUGCCGAGCGAGGGCUCCCUAUACUCCUCCCUCCUAAAGCUGACCCUAAAAUCACCAAUACCCCCAGCAGAGCAACUCUAGCAAGCACAGUCGUCUCACUUCAGUCUCGCAUUAGCUUACACUAUAACACGAAUAUCGCAAUGUCGACUCUUCUGGCCAUACCACGAGAGCUGCGAGAAGGAAUCCUCCACUAUCUCACCCUGCCACCGACAGUCUUUGAAUCCAGUGCCAGGACCGAGAAGGUUAAAAUGGCUACAUCUGGAGGAGCCAACAAUACGAAGGCCACCGAAUUGUCUGAUACAGAACUUGACGAAGCUGUCGAGCGAAGCGGUGACGACGGCAUGACUCUACGCUUGACACUGGAAGUCCAAAGACAGCGGCGCAAUGCGUUCGGCUUCUUUAUACCUGUCCGCGAAGACCUGUCGCCUCGUUUCCUAGCAUUGCUGCCCCUUAUGAAGGAUGCGCGCAAGCUUAAGAUAGUUCUAUGGCCGGGCUUCGACUGGUGGAACGGCCCGCCGCAAGCCUCGCCGCUGGAGCUGUGGAGGCAGCGAAAGGCCCUUCUCAACCAGCCCAAUACUGAGCAGCUAAGCGAGGCUGACUCUAUCGGAUCGCGCAAUACUGGGUCUAAACCGGAUGAUGUCACUGUUGCUGUUGGGAAGAUCUUGGAUCAGCUUCCGGCCGUUGAGGAAUUGGAUCUCAGCAUUCUGAUAGCAACAAGCGACUUGUUCGGAUGGGACUUACCGGACGUCAAGUGGGAGAAGAUUCAGCCCUGGCUUGAUGCACCCAUCUCCAAGACAAUUAAGAAAGACUUACGUAGCGUCUUGAGAGCGUUAACAAGCGUCUGGCAUUGGCCAGGCUCUGAGCUUGCAAGCCAACAGCCCUUCUAUGUGCAGAAGGAAACCCGCAGUAAUUUUACGAGCAACAAAUGGCGUGUUGAGAGACAGGCAGGCUGGCGUACUCCCAUGUUUGAACACCUCAGGCAUCUGGCCGCACUCGGAUUGCCGGAUACCAGCGUCAACGAGACCUUCGAGCGUAUUGACGUAUAG